AUGACUGUAAAGAUAGAAAUAAAGGAUGGAAGGAGUGAAAAUUUGCUUCUGCCCAAAGAAAAACUAAUUUCGCUCGUUCGAGAGAGCUAUGAUAGCAUAAGAGAUAAUAAUGAAAUCGAUUUUUCAACAGAAUCGAUUUCAAACGCCUUAAUAAAACUGAUCCUAGAAAAACUAGAAAAGCAUUCGUCUUUAUACAAAUAUAUUGUCUCAUUAACUACACUGAACUUUGAAGAACUUACUGAAGAAGGCAUUAAUUUCUCAUUGAAGAAUGACAUAGGAGCAUCGUGGCAGUCUAAGAAAGAUGGUAUGUUCAACUAUAAACUGGAAGAUAAAGACAACAACAGGUGCUAUUUGAUCACCAUUCUUUGGCUACAUAAAAACUGA